AUGCCCAGUUGCCUCACAGCCGCACCCACUGCCACAAGCUCUUCAGCUUCGCGCACAGGGGGGUGUUGAACUUUGCUCCAUCUCACUUCUAGGACAAUAUGCGCUCACUGAAGUAGAGGUGCCUCGCCUUUUGGUGCCGGACCUUCGCAGCAAGCUCGACCCCAAGGCCGCGCGCGUGAUCUUCACAGGUUACGACCUCGCCUCCAAAGCUUUCCGUUUCUUUGACCAUUCCAUCAACAAGAUUGUACUUGGUCGCAAUGCCACCUUCCUCGACGACGACUUCCCCGGCCUGCCAGUCACCACGCCCGUCGAUGCAGACGACACCGACCGUCAGUUCGUCGUUCCCGCCGACACGCCCGCCCCUGCCGUCAAGACGAGGACCCCACUAGUAAGGUCGGCGCACAUGGACGUCUCAUCCUCCCUUGAUGAUUCUGCCAUGAGCGCCGUUGACGUGGCCCCAGGGUACACUGGCGGAACCUUACUUAAUUCCACAGAUACCGAAUCGUCCUCGUCACCGUCUCCUGAGCCGUCCUCGUCACCGUCGCCCACAAACCCUUUGUCACCGUCGCCUGCGCUGUCACCGUCGUUGGCAGCGUCAUCGUCACCCUCGGUCUCACCGACCGACUCUGACUACUCCGCCGACCCUCUGGACCUCAUCGGCUCACAGACCCCGACUCGCCUUGGCCCACCGGACGUGCACCGCCCAGACUUCAGCACGUACCGUGAGCCCGCAUCGGCUGAGGAGUCGCCCGACGAACUCGACAUCAUUGGGCGUCACUCGCGCGAUGAAUCGCCGGAUGAAAUCGAUUUCCUCACCCAACACCACCGCGCCUUCAUCGCCACAGACGACGACGACCCCACCCUCGACGCCAUCGAGCCCGUCAAAUCGAUCACUAGCGACCCCCAGACCUGGCGCGAAGCAAUGUCCAGCGACGAGCACAACAUCUGGGCUGAGGCCGCCGCCGCCGAGUUCACCGCCAUGCGCGACGACUUCAAGGUGUUCACCAUCGAGCCUCGCUCAUCUGUACCGCCGGGCGCCACCAUCGUCACCUCCAAAUUCGUCUGGAAGACCAAGCGCAACGCAAGCGGUGAAGUCACGGGGCGGAAGGCACGUCUUGUAGCGCAGGGUAACCGACAGCGCGACGGCAUCGACUUCUCAGAAACCUUCGCACCCGUCGCCCGUUUCUCCUCCAUUCGCUGCCUCCUGGCUCUUGCCGCUGCCAAUGGCUACCACGUUCAUCAGGCCGACAUCGACAAGGCUUACCUCCACGGCGAGCUCGAUCAUGAUAUCUGGAUGACGACACCACGCGGUUUCGACUUCCCGAGCGAUAAGGUUCUCCGGCUGCGACGCUCAAUCUACGGUCUCAAGCAGGCCGGUCGCAUCUGGAAUCGUCACAUUGACACAUCACUCAGGAAUCUGGGGUACAAGGCAACAGGCACUGAUCACUGCAUUUACUCUCGCAUUGACGAUCAGCAGCGGCCUCACUAUAUCGCCUUGUAUGUCGACGACCUCCUCAUUGUCAGUCCAGCCCUCGACGAGAUCGAACGUGUCAUCUCCGGCCUUGAACAGCGGUACGGCGUCAAACGACUCGGCCCCGCGGAGUACAUCCUCGGAAUCCAAAUACGCCGCCUGGACGACGGUUCCAUUGCUCUAUCCCAGGAGCGCUACAUCAUGGACGUGCUGGCCCGUUUCCACUUCGACACCACGACACGCGGCACUACGGUGCCGAUGACGCCCGGCCUCUCGCUCACGGCAAUUCCGGGUCAGGGAACGGAGCGCAUUCGUUCGUGGUACCUACAGGCCAUCGGCUCCCUCCUCUACAUCUCCCUUGGCACUCGACCCGACAUUGCCUUCGCCGUCUCGUACCUGUCCCGGUUCGCCAACAACCCCGGCCGCCGCCAUUGGAUUGCCGUCAAACACGUCCUUCGCUACCUUCGCGCCACGUACCGCGAUGAGCUUCUCUAUGCCCGCGGCCCAGCAAAAGUCACGGGUGUGGUUGGUUAUUCUGAUGCGAACUGGGGCGCCUGCGUCGACACAUCCAUUUCAACGAUGGGCUACGUAUUUUACUUGGCAGGCGCCGCUGUCUCUUGGUCGUCGAAGCGUCAGACUCGGGUAGCGGAUUCCACCACUGAUGCCGAGUACCUGGCCUUGUCGCACGCGGGUAAGGAAGCGAUCUACCUUAACCAACUCCUCUCCGAGCUCCACGUUUGCCCAAUCGCUGCAGCUCACAUCUUCACCGACAACGAGGCCGCGGCCGCCGUCGCUCACGACCCCGUUCGCACCUCCGGCACCCGGCACAUUCGCCUCCGCGAGCAUUUUGUCCGUGACAUGGUCAAUCGAGGUGAUAUCUCUCUCUCACACGUUGGCACAGCAGACAUGGUUGCGGACGUAUUCACCAAAGCGCUAGGCCCCAAGAUUUUUGGUACACAUUGCUAUGCUCUAGGCCUCCGGACGCGACAUCCACGGCUCAAGUCUACCUCGCGUUCGCGUGGGGGGGGGUGUGAGGAAUCCACUCUCCGCUCGGCUCAGGACUUAGGCGCGCGGAGCGAACCGGGCGCGGACUUAGGCGCGCGGAGUGAGCCGGGCGCCCCGGCCCAGGACUUAGGCGCGCGAAGCGAGCCUGGGACUUAG